AUGAUGACAUUUUCACUGAACAACUUUUUACUGACUGAGAAUCAAGCUAAGGUCGAUCCAUUACCAUCAGCGACAACAACCAAACUGUUACAAGAUACUGGAAUCAGUGACUACCUUCAAGUAACUGCAUGUGAUCACUCUGUCUCACCUUUCACCACAGCUAAUGGCAGACUGAAUGAUGAAUGUGGUAAACUUGAAGACUCCAUUACUCUACCAGCAGAUGUAUCAUUAAACAUCCAAUCAGACUGUACAUCAGUUACUAUGUGUUCUGACAUUGGGUAUAUUGAUAAGAAAAUCCAGUCUACAGUGAAACUGGAUCCCUGUACAUAUGAAAUCACUCUUGGCAUUGAAACAAUGGAGGCUACUGUGUCCUUGUUACAGUUCCAGUGGGGAAAACCACAAUCCUUUGCCUUACAAGGAGGAAUUAGAAUGGAGUAAGAUUAUUGU